AUGUUGUCUUCAGCAAUUGCUAGUAAUGACAUGGAACAAUAUCUAUCCAUUAGUUUACCAACUAAUGUUCAAAAGAAUUCAUCAUCAUCAUUAUUAACUUCAUCAAAGAAAGAUCAAUACAUACAAAAUCAAUUAAAACAACGUCGUUCUAAUUUUAUAGAAAAUCAUAAAUUUAAAAUUGCCAUUGGUACUUGGAAUGUUAAUAGUAAAUUACCAAAUAUUUUCGGAAAAAAGAAACAAGUAACAACAACAACCACUCCAAAUACUCCCAAUAAUUUAUCAUCAUCAUCAUCAACUCCUCCUCAACCAUCUGGAGGUAGCAGUAGCAGUAGUAAAAGAAAUUUACUUUCCACACUGAGUAGAUCAAGUACAGAUGAUUUAACAGAAUCACUAAUUGAUCAAGCAACAAUUUCAGCAAGUCAAAUGAUUCAACCAAUUUUAACAUCCAAUUUAACAGAUUUAGAACAAGAUAAAAUAUUACAUAUUGAUCCAAUUGAUGAAUGGUUACAUUUAAAUGAACAACCUGAUAUUAUUGCAAUUGGAUUACAAGAAAUUGACAUGACAGCAGAAGCAAUGUUAAAAAAAGAAACUCAAUCAAAAUUAGAAUGGAUUCAAGUAUUAGAAUCUGAAUUACAAUGUUCAUCUAAAUCUAAAUAUAUUAGAUUAGCAGAUAAGCAACUUGUUGGAAUGUUUUGUUGUCUCUUUAUUAAUGAAAAAUUUCAUUCACAAGUGAGAGAUGUUCAAGCUGUUUCAUUGGCUUUGGGUGCAAUGGGUGUGAUGGGUAAUAAGGGUGCUGUUGGUAUACGUUUAAAAGUUGCAGAGACAACAAUGUGUUUUGUAACAACUCACUUGGCUCCUCAUCAAGGUGCCAUUCAAAAGAGAAAUCAAAAUUUUAUGGACAUUUUCACUCAAUUGGAAUUUGCUAAAAUUGAAAAUGAAAAUAAUUCAUCAACUUUAACUAUUAAUUUAAAUUCACCAACUACUGCUACCAAUAAUUCCAACACAUCUAACAAUUCUAGCAAUAAUAGUAGUGGUAAUUUAUUAUCAGGUAAUAGUAAUAAUAAUGAAAUAUCAUCACCACUUCAAGGAUUGAAUCAAUCAAUUAUGGGACAAUCCAUGUUACCUGAUCAACAUGAUUACUUUUUCUGGUUUGGAGAUUUAAAUUAUCGUAUUGAUAAUUUAGAAAGAAAUCAAGUGGAAGAAUAUGUUGUUCAAGAACAAUAUAAAUCACUAUUAGAAUAUGAUCAAUUGACAGUUGAAAAGAUGAGUGGACGUGUUUUUAUGGGAUUUAAAGAAGGUAGAAUUACAUUUCCACCAACCUAUAAAUAUGAUCCAGGUACUUUAACAUUUGAUACAUCUGAAAAGAGACGUAUUCCUUCAUAUACUGAUAGAAUUUUAUGGAAGGGAGUUAAAAGAGAUUCAGUUAAACAAUUAUGUUAUCAAACUCAUUUAAAUUUAUUAAUGAGUGAUCAUUUACCUGUUAGUUCUAUAUUUGAAACUGAUGUUCAAAUUGAAGUUGAACAUAAAUUUAGACAAACAAGAGAAUCAAUUGCAAGAGAAUAUGAACAAUUAUUUCCAAAAACACCACAAAUUUCAACAAAUCAAUUUAUUAACAGUUUACCAUCCAAUGAACCAACUAUACAAUUAUCUGCUAAUGAAAUUCAUUUUGAAAAUGCUAAAUUUGGUGUUCCACAAUCAGUUACUUUACUUGUUAAGAAUGUUGGUUCUGUUGUUUCUGAAUUUUUCUUUACAAAGAAAGGUUUAGAUGAGAAAAUUUGUCAAGAUUGGUUGACCAUUUCAUCCAUUCGUAGAUUAUUAAUACCAGGUGAAACAUUGGAAAUUGAAUUUAUUUGUUGUUUCAAUGCUAAUAGUGCUGCACAAUUUAAUUUAAUGGAUACUCAAAAACCUUUAAUAUUUGAAGAUAAUCUUUUAAUUCAUGUUGAUAAUGGAAAAGAUCAUCCAAUCAGAGUUUAUGGAAAUUAUUUAAAAUCUUGUUUUGGAAAUUCACUUGAUAAUCUAGUUGAAUGUUUCACUAGUGUCAGAGAUCCAAAAUGUAAAACUGUACAAUAUUAUGAUGAGAAUGACAAUCUCAUUGAAAGAUUAUUCAUUCCUAAAGAAUUAUUCUUCCUCUGUGAUCACAUUGUAAAAUAUGGAAUUAGAGAAGAGGGUCUAUUCCAAGUUCAAGGAGUAACAGAUCAAAUUAGAACUUGUAGAGAAUUACUUGACAAUGGAAUGUCACUUUCUAAACAUUUCACAUCAGGUUCAAUUCACUCUGUUUGUAGUUGUCUGAUUCAAUUUUUUGAAAGUCUAGUAGACCCAAUUAUUCCACCAAAAUUAUACAGAGUUUUAAUGGAACAAUGGUUUAAUCCAGAUAGUUGUAGAGAAUUAAUAGAGAAUAACCUAUCACCAACUCAUUACAAUGUUUGGCAUUAUGUAAUGAAUUUCUUACGUGAAGUUUUAAUGAACAGUGAUGCUAAUGGUUUGAGUCCAGAUUCGUUAGCUCAAGGUUUUGCUGAUGUUCUGUUACGUUCUCCAAAACACAUGUCAAUGGAAAUGAAAAAGAAACAACUCAAAGGAAAAAUUCAAAUCAUCAAACACUUCUUUACAAAGGAGUAUAAUCAAUCAAUGGUUGCUAAAGAAGAAGAAACUAUUUUCAAAUAG